AUGUGCCACCUCUCCAUCUUCUGGCACAGCUGUGACCACCUCGUCCCUAUGACCAUCGCCUGUCCCUUCCACAAGCUCCCCUCCCACCCACGAGAUCCAACCUCAACCGGCUUGCUCGGCCACCCAUGCCCCCUCUGCCAGCACCAGCACCAGCACCAGCAGCCCCAGCCCCAACCCCACACCCUGCUAACAGCAAAGAUCCUCUCGACCAUCCUCAACACCGAGCCCGACCAGCCAGGCUUCCUAAACAUGAUCGCGCGCUUCUACGCGCGCGGCGACCACAAGCGGUUCACAGAACCACAUCCAAGCACACUGGCGCGCCGGUACCCGGAGCCGUCAAAUGCGUUGACGAGCAACACCGCGCCCUGGGAUUCCGUGCUGCCUGAAUCCGGGAAUGCCGCCGCCGGCCUGGACUCGACCCUCGUCGCACCCCCCACAGCGGACUUUUAUUUCUAUGCGCCGGGGCCCGCGCCGCAGCCGGGAUUGGCAUGGGAGGCGGAGAUGAACAUGCUGCAGCUGGAGGGAUUCACCCCUCAACCCCCGAAUCUGGAUCUCGAUCUGGAUCUGCAUCUGUAUCCUGACGUGAAAGUGAAUGUGAACGUAAACUCCAAUACCACCUCGCCGCCCGACCCAGCCAAGACCUGGGACUUGGACUUGGAUUUGGACUUGGACUUGGACUUGGACUGGAAUGCGCUCGCGCUCGCAGACACAGACAUAGCUGCAUACACAGACGCAGACACAGACGCUCUCCCCCCAAGUCCAACACCAACAGACCUACGCAUACCCAGCCAACCCCUGACACCCACACCCACAUCUACGCCUGGGCCUGGGCCGCGCCUGGCGGCCUCGUCAUCAGGACGAGGCGGGAAGCUGCAGAUGCCGCAGGCGACGAUGGUGCGGCAGAUCCGGUACCGGCGGAAUGGAAAGCAGAGGCAGGAGAUGGUGAGGAUUGGGAAGUCGUCGCUGGGGCAGGAGGGGCGGCGGGGAAAGAAGGAGAAGAGGGAGCAGUAG